ACGUGCAUCCGGUGAGUUGCUGGCGGUCCCAGGAGCUGCUGGUCCGUGCGCUGUGAGGGAGGGUCGGAGCCGCCCGCCGCCACCAGAGGAGACCCUCGGGCCGUAGUAAGCAUUAAUAAUGUCUUUCAUCUUUGAGUGGAUCUACAAUGGCUUCAGCAGUGUGCUCCAGUUCCUAGGACUCUACAAGAAAUCUGGGAAACUUGUGUUCUUGGGCUUGGACAAUGCGGGCAAAACUACUCUUCUUCACAUGCUCAAAGAUGACAGAUUGGGCCAGCAUGUUCCAACACUACAUCCAACAUCAGAAGAACUGACAAUUGCUGGAAUGACGUUUACAACUUUUGAUCUUGGUGGGCAUGAGCAAGCACGUCGGGUUUGGAAAAAUUAUCUUCCAGCAAUUAAUGGGAUUGUCUUUCUGGUGGACUGUGCAGAUCAUUCUCGCCUCAUGGAAUCCAAAGUUGAGCUUAAUGCUUUAAUGACUGAUGAAACAAUAUCCAAUGUGCCAAUCCUUAUCUUGGGAAACAAAAUUGACAGAUCAGAUGCUAUCAGUGAAGAAAAGCUCCGUGAGAUAUUUGGACUUUAUGGACAGACCACAGGAAAGGGAAAUGUGACUCUGAAGGAACUGAAUGCACGCCCCAUGGAAGUGUUCAUGUGCAGUGUACUCAAGAGACAAGGCUACGGCGAGGGCUUUCGCUGGCUUUCCCAGUACAUUGACUGAUACUUGGACAGUGAAAAUAAAAGAGUUUUACUUCUCUGGA